UCGUAAACCUUUUUAAUUAAUGAUUAAGAAAAAAACAAAACGUUUCAACAAGUUUAAGACAAAUAUUCUUUAAAGUCGCAUGAACAUUAUUCGUCAAUACUUUGGUUUUGAAUCAAUAGGACGAAAACCUAUGAAUUGUAUACUCUUCUCGUUCCCUGGUUGGAUAUCUGCGUUAAGAUGAGUCGUUUACGAGGCACUGUGUUACAAACCGCCGUUACAGAUCUGAAACCACGUGGAGACAUAUCGCGUACUUAGAAACUAUUGACACUUUCACAGAACUUUUAUUUUCGAACCUGAGUGCCAUUCUGUCAAUAGUUUUCAGUGUGUUCCUUUUUUGUGAUCCAUACAAAUAAACCUGCUUGCUUUGUCAAAGUGAAGACAAAAGUGAAUGACGGAUUCCAUUUAGAGUUGGAUUACAUUCUUCGUUUCAAGUUUCUGCCAAUUAUCAAUAGAGAAAUUUAAAUAAUAAAUAUUGUGAAUUUAAAACACAACAAAAAGAUAUGAAAUUAGUAUGCUUGUAUGCGCUUAUACAAGGAAACAUAAUGUAAAUUCAACAUCGGAAAAUAAUCGAACAUGAGGAAUUAUAGAAGAAUGGACGUUCUUUUUGUUGAAUUAUUGCUUGGAAUAUCUUUAUAUGUGGUAGAUGCACAGAUCUUAACAACAAAAUGCCCGAGUAACGAAUGGACAAAAUAUGAAGAGAGGUGCUAUCUUGCUGUGGAAUUCUCACACAGCUGGUCAAAGGCUAAUCAGUAUUGUCAAAAAUAUGGUGCUAGGUUGGUGGAGCCUGCAGGAUAUUCAGUAUCUGACCAAGUUCACAGUCUUGUGACCUCCGAUAUUCCAUCCUCAUCAGCAUUUUGGACAGGUUUCAACAGGAUCUCCCACAGUAAUGAAGGUGCCCACGUUGGUUAUUGGAGCAAUGGGGAGCAGACAACAGUUGAGGUCGGAGUCUGGGGUCACAAUGAGCCAGACGUUGCUGCGGGCGAUUGUGCCUCUAUCUCAGUGGCAACAGGUCUCUGGCAUAUGUCCAGUUGUGAUGACAUCCUGCCAUUCGUGUGUGAACUGGAUCCUUGCCCUGGUGGAGUGCGGGAUACGUUCAUGUGUAAUGGCCGAUGUCUUGGAUCAAACGCUCGCUGUAAUGGAGUAAAUGAUUGCGGCAACAAUGAAGAUGAGCAGGAUUGUGCCUCCUCAUGUACCCAUACUGUGACGGGCAGCUCAGGGGAAAUAACUGUAGGCCCUGGCAACAACUACCAAGCGAAUGCCAACUGUCUCUGGGCUAUUACCUCCCCUCCAGGGACAAGGAUUAAUGUAUAUUUUGAGUAUUUUACCACUGAGAAGGACACAGAUUAUCUGGAGUUCUGGGAUGGAGGUCCCUCAUUGAGCACAAGUCACCUGUCUGCUCGAGUGUCAGGAUCCCCGAGCUUGGACAGCCUCAGUUACACGAGCAGCUACAACUUCCUUGUGCUCAAGUUUGUGGCUGAUGAGUUUGUGAAUAAGAAUGGGUUUAAGCUGACAUGGACUACAGCAUUUACCUGCUCAUAUAACAUGAUGGCUGACUACUUCUUCUCCAACACGGAUAUACAGUAUGACACAUACAAGCUUGGCUCCCGACAGACCGUAGAGGAAAAGUGUGAAGACGAAUGUGACAGCAACGAGGAAUGUGUCGGAUUUGGGUACAACUCGGACCCAGAUGUGAGGACGUGCUACUUCAUGAAUUUACAGCCAAUACUGGUGGAACGCCUCGGCCACGAUGUGUACAUGAAAACCUGUCCUCCAGGAUCUGCAGUACAAAGCUCCAUUCCCCUUUUAAGCACCGAUCUUCAGGCAACCAAGUUACCACGGCCACUAACCACUCCCCUGUAUCCAGCCAUGUACAUUGGCAACUUUGAGAGAGAGUACACUAUAACUACACAAGGAAAUAACCUCAUUACCUUGGAGGUUCUCCACCUAGACCUUUGCUGCUCCGACAUCAUAUCAAUCUUCGACAAAGACCACACCCUGCUGUCAACCCUGGGGUCAGACUCUGCCCCGGGGGUGAUUCUCUCCACGGGAAAUGUUGUGUACAUUCGCAUGGAUCUUGAGGCCCACAGACAGUGUGGGGGAGCUCUGAUACAGUAUACACAAGGUUGUGACACAACUAUGUCUGGUAGUGGAGAGUUUGCCUCCCCUGGUUAUGGCACAAUGAAGAGUUAUCCCCACCUAACCACAUGUAGAUGGAGAAUCGAGGCUCCCUCCGCAGACCGUAGUGUCACUGUCAUCUUCAAUGAGUUCAAUAUGCAUUCAUCUGACAAUAUAACAGUGACCUACUCUGACAUGCACCAAUUCAAAAACACAAGCACCGGGCUAAAAGGAAUGUCCUUGACCUCUGAUUCCUACAUGCUGGUUGACAUGGCAACCAGCGCCCUUGACAACGCACCUGGGUUCAAGGCUUCAUUUUCACCAGGAUGUCCAAGCCUCGAGUCUGAAGAGUACACCCUAGAUACAACCAACUCUAACUAUGGUGCCACAGUCCUUGUAUCCUGUGCCUCGGGGUUCCUGUUCUCUGGCCGUUACAGUGGUCAGUCCUCUGUGACCUUGACCUGUGAGCUUGGGGGUCAGUGGAGUGAUCCAGAUUUGCCUAUAUGUACUCAGGGGUAUUGCGGAUUCCCACAAUUCCUGGAAAAUGGUUACCUCGUGUCAUCCUCGGGCGUCCUGGGUGGGGACACAGUAACGUAUGCAUGUAACCAUGGCUACAACAUGAUAGGAAGUGCCACAGUCACCUGUCAGUCAAACAAUUUGUGGGAGACCCUUCCCACAUGUAAUGCCAUUGCCUGUCUAGCCCUGGACUUGAUAUUAGGAGGUGUGUACAAUGUACGCAUGAGAAACAAGGACGGCACACAACAAGGCAGUGUGGUACAGCUGGUAUGUGAUGUGCAUGAGGAAAUCAUCGGACCAUCUCUCGUGCAGUGUGAUAAUGGCACAUGGGACUACUUACAGACACAGCAGCCAUCUUGUAGAGCAAUUAAGUGCGAGACUCCAGUGGUUGUCAAUGGUUACCUGUCACCUCCGAGGUACGGUUUCCAAUAUGUGGAGGGUGAAGAUAUUGAAGUUAUAUGUAAAGAAGGGUAUCAGCUCAACAGCAAUGCAACAUUCUCAUGCGGUGUGGACACUGUCCUGCCAUUAUGCCAGAAAAAACAAUGUAGCUUAGCAUCCUACCCCAAUGUUGUGCCGUCUGAUGGAUCCAGCCAAACAAUGUAUCACUAUGGAGACACGGUGUCGGUGACAUGUUCCUAUGACUAUGUUCUCGCAAAUGUCGACCUGACAGACAUGAAUAUAUCUUGUCUCUACACUGGACAGUGGGAUAUACAGCCAACUUGCAAGAUAGAGUUUUUGAUUGUCAGGAUGGACUGUAUCCAGCCAUACAUCGUGAAGGGCAGUGUAUAUUCUCCACAAUUCCCCUGUACGGCGUACAACUGCAGCUUCACGUUCUCCUGCUCGGAUCGCUAUGUUCUGGAGGGUUACAGUUCCAGUAAUGACAGGGUCGUCAGGUGCGGGGCUGUCAAUGAUGGUCUGUGGGAUUUUGGAGAGCUUCGAUGUUUAGGUGGCCAGUGUCGGGAUCCUGGUUACCCUGCCAGCGGCCAUCUUGUCGGAAACAGCUUUCUUGAGGGUUCAGAUGUCACUUUUGAAUGUGAUGAUGUGGGAUAUGCGCCUUUUGAGAAAAGAGAUGGGGUUAAUUACACAUCACAGGGCAUGACUUGUGUGUAUGACCCCACACAUGGUAUGACCUGGAGGGGGAUCAUGCCGGAAUGUAAAGACAAUCAGGAACCAGUCAUCUACAACUGCCAGAAUGAUCAGAGGAUACGUACCCUGAUGUUAAAGCCGAGCAACUAUCUGUCCAGUCAGAUUGAGCCAUUUCCUGGGGACAAUACAGGGAUUAAGGUGUGGCACUUGAGUGUGGACAACUUCCGCCUGAACCAGCCACUGGACGUAGCUACAUCUGUGUUGUACAAGGCUGAGGACUUUGAAGGGAACGUGGCUCGUUGCUGGAUAACAGUCACCAUACCUGAAUCAAUUGAAUGUUCAAAUGAUGAUAUCGCAACCUUGGACCCCAUCACAUCAGCAACGAUCUUCACUGGAAACGACCAAUCAUAUUUUACUCAGAAGCGAGGGGAUGUCAAUGUGACCUUUGUCCCGGAGUUUGUGAGCAUUCCGGCGAAUAGCUCGGCCCUGCGAACUGCAUAUGAGAUACAAGUUACUUCAAGGGACCAGGAUGGACUGAUUGUUGACACAUGUACUCUGCAGUUUCGGCCAAGAGCCCCAACCUGUGCUGUCUGGCAACUUCACAUUCCAAAUGGCAAUAAAUCAUGCAUCAAUACAUUUAAUGGUGUACAGUGUAGCAUCUUCUGUAACUCAGGUUUUGUUUUCAUGGAAAAUGACCAGACUUCUGUAAUAAUAGUCACAUGUAACGAGACAACGGGAUGGAACAGGGACCCCCCUGUCUGUGCCUCCUAUACAGAGAGCUACCUGAUCUAUGCUGCCGGAUACACGUUCAAGUACAAUAUGGAGCAAAGUGUCACUGAUGCUGCAGCCUGUGUGGGAGAAUACUCGCAGGAAGUCGAGACAAAGUUGGAACAGCUAGCUACAGCCAUGGAGGUGAAAUGUAACAAUGCACAGGUCGCCAAAAAUCAUGUGACAUUGACGCUUCUGGAACAUCAUCUGUCAUUUAGCAUGGCAACAUCACGAUUACAAGUCUACUUCAGAUAUAAAAUAGAGGUUCAGGACGAGUCUCUUCCAAAUGUUAGGAGCAUCAAAGAAACAUGUGCACGUCACAUUCAGACGUCUUUUAACACAUUCAGUGAAUAUUCAGUCCUGCCGAUAGCCAACUUAUCAUCAGUGACAGGGGACGGGUUUUCUUGCGGAGCUGGGGAAUAUGAUUUCUUAAGCGGUGAUCCGGUGUAUGAUUAUGACUGUUUAGGAUACCGCAGACCUGGACAUGUGGCUAGUUUACCUGUGUGCUUGGUAUGCCCCCUGGGUUACUACUAUGUUGCUGUAAGUGGGCCUGCUGCGAUCACCCACAACUGUGAUCCCUGCCCUGCAGGAACUUACGGGAUCAUGUCAACUGAUGGGGCUGAAUGUGUGAGAUGUCCUGGGGGAGCUAACCCCGGCCUGAUCGGCCAGACAGAUUAUAUGUCUUGUAAUUUGAAAGGUCAGUGUAGCCCAGGAGAGUUCUCCAAAGAUGGCCUCACACCAUGUACACUGUGUCCGAAGGGGUUUUACAGCGCGGGAAUUCUGGGGCAAACAUGUACACGAUGUGAGACCCACAAGGUCACGCUUCAGGAAGGAUCCAAGUCACAUGUAGACUGUCUGAGUCUGGAGGAAGUUGACGCUUUGAAUGAUGAUGUCUUGAAGAGGGAGUCCCCAUGUCACCCAAAUCCAUGUUUAAAUGGAGGGACGUGUAUAUAUGCCCGCAAUGACUACCGAUGUAACUGCCCAUCUGGUUACACGGGAGAUUUGUGUAGAGAUGUGUUUGAUGGAUGCACCGGUAGGCCGUGUAAGAAUGGACAGACAUGCAUACCAGGAACAACAACCAGCCUAGACCCCCUAGAAUUCCAGUGUAGUUGCUCUACUGAGUUCGAUGGUCUCCUAUGCGAGAACGAUAGGUUUGGGUGUGCCUCGAAUUACUGUCUCAACAAUGGUACCUGUCACAACUCACGUCAUAACCAUCGCUGCAUGUGCCCCAGCAACUCCGGAUACCAGGGUUUCGAAGAUGAAAAUGCGACAUGCUCCAAAGCGCGAGAUCCUUGCACAGACAUGCCGUGUAAAAACGGUACAUGCAUCCCGCACGGCAUUUACUACCGCACGUGUGAUUGCUGGGAUGGAUAUACAGGGCUCGACUGUGAAACCAAUAUAAAUGACUGUUUACCCAAUUUCUGCCAGAAUGGUGGCACAUGUGUUGACAAAAUCAACGGUUUCUCAUGCCAAUGUUUGCCUGGUUACCAUGGCAACAAUUGCCAGUACAGGAAGGCUUGUGAUACGCAGUGUGUGAAUAGAGGUGACAGACGCUGCCACACCUGUGUCCAGAACAACACAGCCACCUGUACAGACGUGGCUGACAGUUUUGUCUGCACCUGCAUGUCUGGAUACGAAGGCACUUCCUGUGAAAUUGAGAUCAGUGGCUGUAACAGCUAUCCCUGUGAACAUGAUGGUACCUGUGUUGCCAACCUAGCUGGCACAUCUUACAUUUGUGUGUGUCCUGAACCAUGGACUGGCAUUCACUGUGAAAACCAGAUUAACAACUGUCCUGCGGGAAAUGAGUGCUUCAAUGGGGGGCAGUGCUUCAGUACAACUUCCGGAUAUGUGUGCAACUGUCCAAGCAACUAUAUUGGCAUGAACUGUAACGAGAAUUAUGAGCUGUGUGACAGAACAUCCCCCUGUGUCGGAAACCAUAGCACCUGCAUGCUGACUAACACAGGGGAACUGCAGUGCCAGUGUCAGACAGGUACGCGUGGAGAUAACUGCCAUAUCCAGGUGGACUCGUGCACAUCGACAACAUGUCUAAAUGGGGGCACGUGCAGUAUGGGAGCAACGCAGGUUAUGUGCGCUUGUAUGCCAGGGUACACAGGUCAAUAUUGCGAUGCUGAUGUGAAUGAAUGUUUGACGUCCCCUUGUGAAGGGAGUAAUCAAGAAUGCGUGGAUGGAUUCAAUUCACGAACCUGCGUGUGUUCUACUGGAUACCGUGGAGAGGACUGUUCCAAAAUUGUUGAAGGCUUUGAUUACAUCAUUCAACCCCGUGCAAUGUGCAGGACUGAAGCCUCCUCAGCAAGUUUUGGUGAUGGCGUUACCGCCAUUAAUGCUCUCACUGUUGCAUUCUGGGUGAGAUUCACUGUAGCCAAUGAGAAUGCCGCAAUCUUGAAUAUCAUUGGAGCCAACUAUGGUGACCUUGAAAUACCGUCUACCCCAGUAUACCAGCUAAAGUUCAUGACAUCAGGGCUGUACACAUAUGUAAUGGACUCACAGUCUGGUCGGAAGAAGAGAGAUGAGGAGGUUCUACCAUACGACGCGACUGUGAUGGAUGGCUACUGGCAUCACCUAGCUGUCACCUGGGACCAAACUAGGGAAGAACUCACCAUGUACCAGGACGGCACAUAUGUGGAACAGAGAUUUAUCACCAUCUCGGACAAAGGGUUCCUGGUAUUCGGAGAUUUUGACACCGUCUCAGGAACAAGCCUGCCAGAGUCCAGUUUCGAGGGGAAGAUUUCACACCUAUUUGUUGUCGGGGAUGCGCUCAAUCAACUGGAAAUAACAAAUUUGUACAACAGACAACCGUCGUAUUCCCCAUCUAGCAGGGUGUUACUGAACCAGGAGCGCAGCCUCAUGCAGGAAUGGCCGGUCGACUACAACAGUGAGCUCACUCUGAACAGUGAGAGAUGUCUUAAAAACACACCUGGCUUCUGUCCGGGCCUUGUGACAGAUGAGAAUAUCCCAGUGGCCACUGUGUGUCCCAGUGACAGCCUUGCAGUGACAGCAAGAACAGAGACACCCACCUGGCCUGUACCCACAUUUGAAGGGACUGGAAUAUCCCCACCCUUCUCUACCAUACAAGCUGGCAGCCCCAUAGACUGGGGUAUACAUGGGAUCACCUACGCUGUGUUUGACACUAGCAGCAACGCAGCUGUAUGCUCCUUCAGGCUCUACAACAGAGGUUCAAAUUGUGCGGCGACGACAACUCACAGUGUAGCAUCCUGUGUAGAGGACACCCCAAAUAUUACAAGAUGUUCUAGCCCAUGUUCUACUGGUACCCAGAUGCUGGCAGGCCCCAACCCACUCUUUAUUUCGUGCAGCAUGUACGGCAUGUGGGAUGAGGCCUUCAAAUACUCACAGUACAUCUUCCCUGAAUGUGCUGCCACUGAGCCACUGACACAUAGAGUGACCUUGUUGCUCAUGGCAACCUCGAGUGUCAAUUGCAAUGACAUCAUCCAGGCGUACAAAAAUGCAGUUAACAGUGCCUUCACAACAUUGAAUGGCAAUGUUGGUGGUCAGCUAUGUGCAGGGGGAAGUUGUGUCAAUGUGUUGAGUAACGCUUGUACGUGUAAUGGGGCAUCUAACGUGGAGAUAGAUAUUGACUUUGGACUAUUAAGGUCUGAAUUGGUGUAUAACAACAGAGGUCUCACGCCAGAAGAGCUGCUUAGAAUGGCUGUCGGAGACUUGCAGCUGUUCCACUAUGUUGACCCGACUAACAAUGCCACUUAUGUGUCCCCAGACUUCACAACCUUUGUUGUGAGGAGUACAGAAGAAUGUCCUUCAGGAAUGAUGAUCUCUGCUGGCAUGUGUGUGAGAUGUGGUGCAGGCACUGAGUACAACUCAGCUACCAAGAUGUGUGAGCGCUGUCCAAUAGGGGAAUAUAAGGCCUCCUCAACUGGUCAGUGUAGUGCUUGUCAGGCCAGCUUGACCACAGAUGGGACAGGGGCAUCUGACAUCUCCUAUUGCAGAGACAAAUGUCAGACGGGCUCCUUCUUCAGCCUCCUAUCCGGGGACCAGUCGUGUGUGGGAUGUCCAGUGGGCUUCUUUCAGGAUGACGUGGGACAGUUCUCAUGUAAAGCCUGCCCUCAAUCUCUCACCACUGAGAACUUGGGAUCCGUCAGUCAAAAUGAUUGCCAAGAUCCUGGCACAUUUACUACCACCACAACUCCUGGUGAAGAACCGAGUAUCGGGGCUUCAACAGAGGGUGGCCUCAAUACCGGGGUGAUCAUUGCCAUAGUGAUAGCAAUAAUCCUCUUUCUAACUAUUGUGCUGCUUAUUGUUGUCUGCUGCUGCUGCAAGGAUUACCUCCCUUGUCUCAAUGGAAAAAAGCAGAUCGUUUCCCCUGCCAUCAAAGAUGGCUACCAUGCCAAAAGAUAUGGUCAGCCAGAUAUGCACUUUACCAACUACAACCUGCGUGAUGUGCGAGAAAAGAAGGGCAGGCACAUGGAUCGGCUUCCGUUCAUCGAACCCGCUAUGUCAGAGGAGACUGGCUCUGUUAAAACAGACAUCUCCGUACAUGUGCCUGUUUUCUUUGAGAAAAUGGAUGGCAGUGUAAAGAAGAAGUCUCUCUACAUGCAGAAUGGGAGUGGAAACCUAAACCUCUCUCUCCCACCAUCAGCUCGACACCAUGACCCCAUGAUGACUUCAUCACCCCGCUCACACUACGUACAUGAACAGGAGAUGGCAAUAAAGCCUAAGAAGAAGCGCAGGAGGCGUAAGGAGGAGCGAUCUAGCUCCCGUCACCAUGGUGAUGAGGAAGGAUUCCCAGAACCAGAGGCACACCCAGGGCGGGCUCAUAUGCCCAAGGCCCUGGCUCCCAUGCCUCUCCGACUGAAGUCCACCCCACCUGCCGAUGUCAUUCUGCGUCCCUCAUCUGCACUCGAGCAACGGAGAUCUCAGGUGAAACCUGAGCAUUAUGAGGAGUUCCUGGCCCACGAUAGUUCACAGAGGAGGUCAAGGUCACCAGAGAGAUCACACAACACAUAUGAUGAGGAGGGGUCAAGAUUACGUAAUGAAUUGGAGAUAAGGUCAUCCAGGAAAUCCCAAAGGUCACAGGAAGGUCAUAGGUCGCAUGAAGGUCAUAGGUCAAAAUCAUAUGAUGAUGAAGAGAAUGAGUUGUCAAAUGAAAUGCGAAGGUCAAGGUCGCAUGCUUAUGAUGAGAAUGAGAGGUCAAGGUCAAGGUCAAAGAAGAAAAGGUCAAAGAAACACAGGGAAAGGGAGGAAGAAAGGGAAGUUGAAGAGCCAGGGUUUGGUUACUCUACAGAAUAUUAUGAAAAUAUACAGCCGUUCAACGUGCGGAGAAUAGAAGUGGAGUCAGAUGAGGACCUCCGAUAACUCUGACCUUGAUCAUGUUUCUUCGAUAUUUGUCGUAUAAGAUAAAAGAAAAGAUAAUUUCAUUUAUCCUUUUGUUAGGAUUGAUAUUUUUUCAGGUUGAGAUAUUUUUGCACGUAUCUUAUAAAUAUUAUUGUAAAUGUUGUUGAAAGUAUUCAUGAUUUUGUAUUUUUAAAGACUAAAUGACCUGGGCAAUGCUUAGUAUUACAUGUUUUCGAUAAGACUGGACAAAAGCAUGUGCCUUUAAAAAGACACUUCAAAACAAAUAAGAAAUAUUAAGCCUUUUGCUAGAUAUUGGAGUUAGCCAUUUUGUGAUACAUUUUGGGGUAGUAUAAAUUAGAAAAAAAUGUUAUCCAAGGUAAUAGGAACACCGCCCGUGUCUUAUUUUUCUGGUUGUCAGGUUUCAGCUCAGUGGUUAAAAGAUUGAAUAUUUCAUAGUUUAUGUUUUUAUGAUAUGUAGAAAAAGGUGUUAUGGUUGUAUCUCUUUAGUUUAUUUUUCCUCCAUUUAUUGCAAGAUUUGUGUGUGAUAUUUACUAACAUAUUUAUGUAACAUGCCAUAGGCCAUUCUCUAAUAAAUAAUUGUUUGCAGUUACCUGACCAACUCAGGAAAAUCAGCCAAAGUCCCCCAAAAAAGUUUUCGACCAUCUACUGUUUAAUUUUUUAUUUUUUUUUAUCAUUUUCUUCAAAGGGGCGGGGCGUAAGUAACAAAAAAAUUUAAACUGCGCAGAAAAUAUAAUAAUAUUAAAAAUAAAAAAAAUCCUACCUACCUAACCAGACAAAACAUUGUGGGAAAGGUUACCAUAAACAUUUUUUUUUUCAAUUUUUGCCUAAUUACACUUGUUUGUGCUAGUCUUUGUUCUCUUUGAUUAACUCUGCUGCUUGUUUGCUGUUUUAUUGUUAUUAACAUCUUAAAUCACUGUGAUUAUUUCAUUCAUAUGUUACAAGUGUCAUGGUAUCAAGUAUUAUACUCACCAAGUUAAAGUCUUAUUGCAAGACAAACAUUAUAUGGUUGAAAUACUAUACAUAUAUAAAAGCCCUUUCAUAAAAAGGACAUUUAUGUUUAAGUGCAUUUCUUUUUAUGUAGUAUAUAUAAAAAAAAUCCUUGUCUGUUCAUGAUAUCUCUUACUAAUUUUAAAAGAAAUCACCAUUGGACAAUCAACUGAUUGCUUGUGAUAGUAAGCUACAUUUGUCUCCAUCACAAUGACUACUGGGGAAAAGUUGGGACACAGAGUAACCUACCUCAAGAAACAUCAAGGAGUUCAUAGACAUAGUAACUUAUAAAACAAGCACAUACAAAAAAAGAUUCUUCAGUUUUCGUUUGUAUUUUGCUUCAUCUUUGAAGUUUGAAAAAGGGUUGAGUGAUUCUCCAUUAGUUUGUUAUAUUUGUGUAAUGUAAUUCUACUUGACAACAUAACUGUUUCUGUUAAAGCAUAAGCCAUAACAACUUUUUAACAGAAAUUUAUUCUGAAAAUCGACUCAUAUUUAGUGAGAAAACCUUUUAUGUUUAAAAACGUGCAUUGAUACAUAGAAUAAAUGGGAUAAAUGUUUUUGGACUAAUCAAAUGAUAUCAGACCUUUUUGGGUAGAUUUCUUACCAUGCUUAGUUGUUGUUUUCUCAAAUAAGUUAUUUAUUUAUCAAGAAAUAAAAGCUUUGGGUAUCCCUUGCACCAAAUUAAUUUUUUGUUUUCCAAAUUCAGCAUUAGUCUGGAGGUUCUAAAAAGCUUACUUAUAGAAAGUGAGAGGCCCAUUUAAUGCACUUUUGAUGUAAUAAAAUAUAAAAAAAAAUACCAUUUUUCGAAGUGACAAAAAGACAAAAAAAAGGAAAGCUAUUGCACUGGUAGCAAAAAUUGAACCUAAAGCUGCAUUUUGGACCAUAAUUAUAAAUGCAAAACAGUACACAGAUAGUUCCUAGGGUUUUAUAAAAAAUAUACCGUAAUUUACAGAUUUGUAAACAUUGUAGUGAAAGUUAGCAUUUUAUAUUUUUAUGUUUUACAGGUCAACUGUAGGUUAGGUGAACAUACUUAAUUGAACAAAGUUCUCCUUUUUGUGGACUCGUCACUAUCAGCAGAUGGUUGAUAAGAAUUAGCAUUCAAGAGACCUUAUUAUGUAACAAGUAUUUUAUUUCUUUUAAUGGUAACAACAAAACAGAGGCUUUAAGCACAUAGGCAGGUAUUACAUAUGCUGCAAAGAAUAUUAUCAUUAUUAUAUAACAAAAGAAUGUGAUAUAUUUUUUAUGUCUUGAUAUUUUUUUUAUUUGUUGUCUGUGAUAGAAAGAUUAUAUGCAAGAUGUAUAAAUCAAUAAUGCUUUUUCUUGUCAUUGUGUUUUUAUUGAUAGAACUUUAGUAAACGCAUUGUUGAUGUUUUUAUUGUUUGUAUUUUUAGGGAAUUUGUAGAAAAACAAAAUUGAAAAAAGUG